AUGAAUCGGAGAUCGCCUUCUCUUCUCGAAAAGUCGACUGAAAAUGGCUUUUCAGUCGUAUCGGUUGACUCAAUCGACCAUCCACUGUUCCCUCCCCUCCCAUCCUACGGCCCUCCGAAUCUCGCUCGCAAUGUACAAUACGCCUGCAUACAAAUCAUUUCGUUUAUUCUCUCCCUCCUUUUCCUCACCAUUAUAUUCCUAGGCGCGCUUGCAUGCAUAGCGGGAACAACACUGUCCAACACGAUUUUACGUCAUACCCCAUCGCAACGAGUUUUUCAUACCGAAGAACAAACAAGAAGGGCAAAUAGAGCCGAUUUGGAGCGCAAAUGGCACAUUCAGCGACAGAAAAAGCAUGUCGACGAAGAGCAAGGUUCAGAAGAAUGUCCUCCCUUGGAAGGGGGCAAAGACCCAAUCGUCUGCGAUGUGGCCUACUAUGCCAGAAGGGUCGGUCUGGAUGUAGAGACUUUUCGUGUCCAGACGGAAGAUGGUUUUAUUAUCACGUUAUGGCAUGUGUAUAAUCCACAAGAAUAUACAGCUCUCUCCGCUGAGCAGAGACGCGAACGAGGCCCCGCAGUCUUCAGUGGAGAAAAACAGCCAGGCCCCUCAGGGUCGGCAUCUGGCCGCCGCUAUCCAGUAUUACUCGUUCACGGAUUACUUCAAAGCGCGGGCGCAUAUUGUACCAACGAUGAUGACAGUCUUGCAUUUUACCUUUGCAAGUCAGGAUAUGACGUUUGGUUAGGUAACAAUCGCUGCGGGUUAACUCCCGAGCACACCACUCUCUCCACGUCCGAUCCUCGUAUGUGGUCAUGGGAUAUUCGACAUCUCGGGACCCUUGACCUGACAGCUUUGACCUCGCGUGUUCUUUAUGAAACGGGAUUUGAAAAAUUGGGAUUGGUUUGUCAUUCACAAGGCACUACUGAAACCUUCGUCGCACUAGCAAAAGAACACCGCCCUGAGCUUGGUUCACGGAUCUCGGUUUUUUGCGCGCUUGCCCCAGCUGUUUAUGCCGGACCACUAGUUAGGAAGCCUUACUUCCGUUUCAUGAGCUCUCUUUCACCGGGGAUGUUCCGGACUGUUUUCGGGAUCCAUUCUUUCAUUCCGCUCAUGAUGACUAUCCGCCGUUAUGCUCCUCCAAAAGUAUACGGAACCCUUGCAUAUUGGGUAUUCUCAUUUCUCUUCGGCUGGUCCGAUGAUCGCUGGGAACGAGACCUCCGCCAUCGCAUGUUUCAAUUCGCCCCUGUAUAUGUCAGUGCAGAGAGCAUGCAUUGGUGGCUUGGCAGCGAAAGCUUUGCAAAACAUGGUUGCAUUUUAAGUCCUCUCAAUGAAUCAAAAUAUGAUUCCAAUCGAGAGGACUACAUAUCAUCUCCAACUGAGCGUUGCGAUGAUCCUCGGGCUCCAUGCCUCGGUCCACAAAGAGACAGGUCCUGGUUCGGCCCUCAGACCCCUCCCCUCGCCAUGUGGGUCGGUGGAUCCGAUGCCCUCGUUGACGGCCGUCGACUUCUUCGUCGCUUCCAGGACGGAGUCGAGCCGCAUGUGCGAGUCGUUCAUUCAAAGAUUAUUAAUGGAUAUGAACAUCUGGACGUUUUAUGGGCCAUGGAUUCAAUCGAGCAGGUUGGAAAAGAAGUCCGUCAGGUUCUUUGGACAACCAUGCCUGAGACGGCCAGACGUAUAUGCCGCACCCCAAGUGGUGUUCAUUCAGAUCAACUAGUCAGGUAA